UUUCUGGGAAUUUCAAAUGCGCUGUUUUAGUGAUGCUUAGCUUGACGUACUCGCUGCCGGUCUUUACUCGGCGGCUGGAAAUUACCGGAAUCUCCCGCAGUAGAAAUAGUGUGGUGGUAUGUGGAUUGAAGGGUCCAAGACCCAGAUACCCAAGAGUGUGGAAAUCCAAUAAGAAGAUUGGGACCAUUUCCAAAUCCCUCAAGCUUGUUGAGUGUAUUAAGGGGUUGUCAAAUGUGAAAGAGGAGGUUUAUGGCGCGCUUGAUUCUUUCAUUGCUUGGGAGUUGGAAUUUCCUUUGAUUACAGUGAAGAAGGCUUUGAAGACUCUUGAGAAUCAGAAAGACUAUAAAAGGAUUAUUCAGGUAGCAAAAUGGAUGCUGAGCAAAGGUCAAGGAAGGACAAUGGGGACCUAUUUCACACUGUUGAAUGCUUUAGCGGCAGAUGGGAGACUUGAGGAAGCUGAAGAGCUUUGGACAAAGCUGUUCACGCAGUACUUGGACAGCAUGCCUCGAAUUUUCUUUGACAAAAUGAUUUCGAUUUACUAUGAGAAGGGCUUGCAUGAUAAGAUGUUUGAGAUAUUUGCUGACAUGGAGGAGCUUGGCAUCAAACCAAAUAUGUCAAUUGUUAACAAGGUUGGAGAUGUCUUUCAGAAGCUAGGUAUGAUGGACAAGUACACUAAAUUGAAGAAGAAAUAUCCGCCGCCAAGAUGGGAGAUUCGGUAUAUCAAAGGAAAGCGUGUUAGAAUCCAAGCAAACAAGCAAGGCAAUCUUGAUGGUGAUGUCAAAAUGCUAAGUGAGGAGAAGGAAACAAUCCACGGCUCGAAUGAAGUGUUAAAUGCUGACUCAAAUCCAGAUGAACAGACUGUUGAAGCUGAGGAAAUGAACCAGAUCUUGUGCAAUUCACUCGAUGAAGCUGAUACAAGUUCAGAUGAACUCAGGGUUGAACUAAAAGCUCUACGUGAUCAGGGGUUGCAUUAAAGGUUAUGACGUGCCAUACCUUCUCAUCAUAUGGGAUGAGAAAGGUGCUCAAGUCAAAGGAAGACGUUCAGAAUAUGAUGAGAGUGAUAACAUUGUGCUGCUAGGAGAUAUUGUUGUAUCGGACUUGUUUCUAAGAUCUUCGCAGCCACACUGGUUUGAAGUUGUGUCUGGAAGAUAUCAAAGUGUUCGUAGUACAGAUAUUAGGAUAAUUACAUGAAAGUUACUACUUACUAGUAUUCUUCUGCAAGUCUCUCUUCCAAUUACAUAUUUACAAAUUCCAAUUAAGCUGGUAAAUCGACAACAUGAUAAUACCAACAGCCACUCAACCAAUUUGGUUUUGUUUAGGGUUAGGCUUUACUCUAUCAGAGUAGAGAUCGUUAAGUUAGAAUAAGGUAUGUCAAAAUUCUGAACCCCUCUAAUGUAACCCAGAAAAUAUAUAUCC